CCCCCUCCAAUCCAAUCCCCCAACCCCAACCUGACGAGACCCGCCACCGCAGGGACGAACCGGAGGCCGCCGCCCUGUUCCGCUCAGGAGCUCGCCGGAGGAGCAGCGCCUCGCCGGUUCCUCGGGCCUUUGAACGGAGCCGGAACAAGCGCACCCCAUGGCGACCAGGCACAACCAGCAGAACGCGGCUGCCGCUCCGCAGCCGGCGGCCAACAGAGGUGCCGCAGGGAAGCAGAAGGGCGCCGCCGCCGGCCGCCCCGGUGCGGGAGGAAACAGGCGGGUGCUCGGGGACAUCGGCAACGUCGUCCACGCCCACGUCCUCGAUGGCAAGAUCCAGCUGCCGGCGGGGAUCAAUCGCCCAAUCACCCGGAGCUUCGGUGCCCAGCUCUUGAAGAAGGCGCAGGCCGAGCCAUCCAAGAAUGCCGUAGCUGUUCCUCCAGCAGAGCGGGCCGGCCUGAAGCCGGUGGCCAAGAAGGUCCCUGUCAAGCCCGCCGCCGCCCCUCGCCCUGAGCCGGCCGCCGCCAAGAUCGUCACCGGUUCCGACGAAAUCAGGAAGCCGUCUGAGGUCUCUGCCCCCAAGACCUCGAGGAAGAAGGUCGUCCACACCCUCACGACUGUGCUCAACCAUCGGUCGAAGGAGGCCUCGAUAGAUGACAUCGACAAGCUGGACGGUGACAACGAGCUGGCCGUCGUGGACUACAUCGACGACAUCUACAAGUACUAUAAGGAGGCACAGCACGAGUGGCGGCCGAUAGAUUACAUGGGCAGCCAGACUGAGGUCAACCCCAAGAUGAGGGCUAUCCUGAUAGAUUGGCUAGUGGAAGUGACCCACAAGUUCGAGCUCAUGCCCGAGAGCAUGUACCUGACGAUCUACGUGAUCGAUCGCUUCCUGUCCCUGCAGGCGGUGCCGCGGCGGGAGCUGCAGCUCGUCGGCAUGGCGGCCAUGCUCAUCGCCUGCAAAUACGAGGAGAUCUGGGCGCCCGAGGUAAACGACUUUAUAUCCAUCGCCGAUAACUCCUACUCGAGGCAGCAGAUCCUGUCAAUGGAGAAGAAUAUCUUGAACAGCAUGGCGUGGAACCUCACCGUCCCCACCCCGUACGUCUUCCUGGUGCGGUUCGCCAAGGCCGCCGGGAGCAACAAGGAGCUCGAAAACAUGAUCUUCUUCUUCGCCGAGUUGGCGCUCAUGGAGUACGGGCUGGUCACCGUGCGCCCCUCGCUGGUGGCAGCUUCUGCCGUGUACGCUGCCCGGUGCACGCUGAAAAGAAGCCCCAUCUGGACGGAAACCCUCAAGCACCACACCGGAUUCGCUGAACCGCAGCUCCUGGAGCCUGCAAAGAUGCUGGUCAUGGCACACGCAGCUGCUCCGGACAGCAAGCUCAAGGCCAUCUACAAGAAGUACUCCUGUGAGCAGUACGGGCGUGUGUCCCUGCGCGCCCCAGCAGUGGCCGCUCCUCAGCGCCUGGCCUAGUCUGCUUUAGGAAUUGCUGCUCGGCUUUCGAGCUUGAAAGCUUAGUUACUUACUGUUACUGUCUGAUAUGAUACACCAGGGUGUAAACAACUAUAUUCAGUUCAUUCAUAUCAUAUGUUUUAGCGAUUUGCUUGGCUUUCGAAUCAAGAGAGCUGGGUUUACUUACUCUGCAUGUAACAACAACAAUUCAUACUAGUUUGAAUCGAAUUCAAAGUAUUCUUUUUUCA